CACGUACAAGAGCUCGGAUAGUACACAUAUUCUGGCCUGCGAUCCGUGGCGAUGAGCUCGGAUACUGCUACGCAUUCUGGCUUGCGUCCCGCCACCUUCCUCUCCUACGCCGAGGUGCCCGCCUCGGGCGAGGCACAGCGCCGCCUCACGUUUCGCGAGCGACUCUUUGGCUUCUGCCACGGCCUUAACAAGUCAGAUGCGCCUCGCAACCCGUUCCCGACAGCGUUGAUUUUCGUUUACUUGGUCAAGUGUGUCCUCUACGUUCUCAUCUUUUACGGCGCUGUCCGCGAUCCGUCCCUCUCCCUCUCGGACGAGCGCAACGCCAAGCGCUGGAUCGUGUACAACGUCCUCACAGACGCGAUCGGGAUGAACGCCACGAGCGGCCCGAUGGGCUUCCGAUCCACCUUGUGGUUCUGCUUCGUGCCGCUCUAUAACUUCCUCACGCCUGGCACCAUCACCGGCCCUCUGGUGCCCGGCAUCAAGGCCGUGCGCGGCCGCGCGCUGGUGGCUGGCUACAUCGUCUACAUCGCACUCCUGUGCCGCGCCAUGCUCUCUCCUUCAAUCGGCGCCGCGGAGGUGCUGCCGCCGCUCGCGCUUCUCGCCGUGAUGGCGCCGUUCGACUUUGUGAUCGCCGAGUGCUCGCGCGCCGAGCACUACGGCUACAUGCUCUUUGCCCUCGCCUUCUCCGACUCGUGGCUCUUCGGCCUGCAGAUCGUGCAGAUCGGCCUGUGGACGGGCGCCGGCGUCUCCAAGCUCGGGCCGUGGUUCAAGUACACCGUCGUCAACAUGAGCUGCAACUCGCCGCUCGCGCCGCUCAUGCCCUCCUUCCUCCGCGCGCUGCACACCGGCUUCCCCACCGACAUGCGGCCGUCGAGGCUCGCACGGGCGGCGAGCGCAUUCGGCACGUGCGCCGAGAUCUGCGUGGGGCCGCUGUGUGCGUUUGGCCCGACGCGCUACCUCGGCGUCGUCCUGGCGCUCGGCUUCCACUCCUUCAUCUUCUUCCACCUGCCCUUCGCGAGCGUGCAGGAGUGGAACAUCUUCUGCAUGUGGGCGGCCGUCUACCUCUUUGGCGUGCACGAGUUCGCGUUGCCGCCGUCCGGCGCCGUCCACCCCGCACUCGCCACCGUCCUGCUGCUCGGCCUCGUCGUUGUCCCCGCUGUUGGGCAACUCUUCCCCGCACGCGUCCCCUUCCUGUUUGCCUUCCGGCCGUACGCGGGCAACUGGUUCUUCGCGUGGCACGUCGUCGAGACCAAGGCCUUGCCCAAGCUGCGGCGGCUCAAGACGGCGGAGAGCCUGCUCUUCGAGGAGAACGACCCCACGUCGCGCCUCGCGCAGCUGCCCUUCCUGAAGCGGCGCAACGCAUACUGCUGCGACGCCGAGUAUGCCUCGCAAUUCAUGCAGUAUGGCCUCCCGGCGCAGCUGGUCGCCUUUCCCCACUACCGGCCGCUCGUCCCGAUCGUGGAGCUGCUCGAGCAGCGGCGCGGCUGGGCGUCGGCGGACGCGUACCGCCUGCUCUACUCCAUGCCCUUCUUGGCGCUCGUGCACGGCUGGAAUCUCGCGGCGGGCUGGCACAUGCGCGAGGGCGCGCCCUACUACCCGGCGCUGCAAGCCACGUGCGGCUUCGAGAAGGGCGAGUGCUUCGCGGUCGUCUUCAAGCCGACGGGCUUGCUGAGCCGCACUGCGGAGUGGUUCGUCGUCGACGUGGCCGACCAGGCCGUCGUCUUGCGCGGCAAGGCGCCGCUUUCGGAGCUGGAGGCGAUGCAGCCGAUUGAGAUGGACGUCGACGCGCUGCGGCGGUUCGUCGUCGAGGACGACAUGAAGAAGGAGCGCUAGACGCUCCCGCUCCCCGCGUUCGCUUGCCGCCGGUUUAGAGGCGUACCGAGCGACCGAUUUAGAGGCGCACACCGCGCUGGGGUGCACCGUCGCAGCCAUCCAUCAUGACACAUGAGUCCUCGGGCGGCUCUAUUCGCUAUGUCGGCCCCUCACCCCCUUGGUCUCCCCCUGAUCGGCCCCUUCGUUCGUCUUUGGUCUUGCUCAUAUCCUUGCUAACUGCGAAAUUAAAAGCUGUAGCUGACGCCCCC